ACAUGUGAAUUGUGCAUUCAGUGUGAAACCGCGCUUGCAACGAAACGGUCGGACUAAAGCCAAGCAGGAAUACGAAAACUAAACGCUGGUCGAUAUACGAAAGCAAUUCAAUUAUUCUCUAAAGUUUGAGUCUUCAAUAAAAUUACUUAUCGACGUAGACUGACGCUAAUUGCCGAGAUGCGGUUGCUUCCGUUGGCAGCGCUGCUGUUAUUGUGUUUCACGCUAACUUAUGCAGUGCCACUGCCUGCGCAGGAUGAGUCCUCAUCGUGGGCAAGCGAGGAGAGUGCGGAGCAGAAGCAUUUCAACUUGGAGUCUAACGUUGAUUCAGUUGAAGAAAUAGGCGCUGUUGACAGAGAGUCAGACGAAAGUCAAUUUGGUGAUAAACUAUUAAAAAAACGGUCACCAGAUGCAAUUCCUGAUGUAGACCUGUGUAACCACUACCAACAUGCCAAAGAUAGUUACGAAGUUAAAAGUGAAGAUGCAUAUGAACGCUAUUACCACAUCGAGAAGCCACUAAACAGUGAAGUUCGUAGAAAGCGGCAGCCUGUUGAUGACAACAGUUCGUCACAGGAAAAUUCUUCAGAAGAAAAAGGCAAACUAGGCGCUGCAGGAGCGAGCGAAGGAGAAGGUGCUAAAGGAGCUGACGCAGAGCGUAGAAAACGUAAAGCCGACGACAGUUCAUCAGAGGAAGAUUCUUCAGAGGAAAAAGGUAAAUCAGGCGCUGCUGGAGCGAGCGAGGGAGAAGGAGCUAAGGGAGCCGACGGAGCGCGUAGGAAACGAAAAGCCGACGACAGCUCCUCAGAGGAGAAUUCCUCGGAAGAGAAAAGCAAACUAGCCGCAGCAGGAGCGAGCGAGGGAGAAGGAGCUAAGGGAGCCGACGGAGCGCGUAGGAAACGAAAAGCCGACGACAGCUCCUCAGAGGAGAAUUCCUCGGAAGAGAAAAGCAAACUAGCCGCAGCAGGAGCGAGCGAGGGGGAAGGUGCUAAGGGAGCCGACGGAGCGCGUAGAAAACGAAAAGCCGACGACAGCUCCUCAGAGGAGAAUUCCUCAGAAGAGAAAGGCAAGCCAGGCGCAGCUGGAGCGAGCGAGGGGGAAGGUGCAAAAGGAGCAGAUGGAGCGCGUAGAAAACGAAAAGCCGACGACAGCUCCUCAGAGGAGAAUUCCUCAGAAGAGAAAGGCAAGCCAGGCGCAGCUGGAGCGAGCGAGGGGGAAGGUGCAAAAGGAGCAGAUGGAGCGCGUAGGAAACGAAAAGCCGACGACAGCUCCUCAGAGGAGAAUUCCUCAGAAGAGAAAGGCAAGCCAGGCGCAGCUGGAGCGAGCGAGGGAGAAGGUGCAAAAGGAGCUGACGGAGCGCGUAGGAAACGAAAAGCCGACGACAGCUCCUCAGAGGAGAAUUCCUCAGAAGAGAAAGGCAAGCCAGGUGCAGCUGGAGCGAGCGAGGGAGAAGGUGCAAAAGGAGCUGACGGAGCGCGUAGGAAACGAAAAGCCGACGACAGCUCCUCAGAGGAGAAUUCCUCAGAAGAGAAAGGCAAGCCAGUCACAGCAGGGGCGAGUGAGGGGGAAGGUGCAAAAGGAGCCGACGGAGCGCGUAGGAAACGAAAAGUCGACGACAGUUCCUCAGAGGAGAAUUCCUCAGAAGAGAAAGGCAAGCCAGGCGCAGCUGGAGCGAGCGAGGGGGAAGGUGCAAAAGGAGCAGAUGGAGCGCGUAGAAAACGCAAAGUCGACAAAAGUACAGUUUCAGUAGAAACAGAUAGUGUCGUCUAUGGUUUAGACUCUGAGGAAAACAGGGAGUACAAUGAAGUGAGUGAAUUAAAAAAGGAUUCAUCUUUAGAGGAUUACGUACAGGGUUGUGAGGUGAUGGACGUGGACUCCGAUGAAGCUAACGAGACGACCUACUUCGAAGAUAGACGAAAACGUUCAGUGGAGAGCAAAGAAAGUGCCGAAUUAGUUAAAAGCGCUGCAGUUGAUUCUGAACAAAGUAAUAAAGAUGACGCAAGCGAAGCAAGCGAUGAGAAACAGGAAGACGGAAGCGAGUCCUCUGAAGUAUCAGAUAUAAAUGCUCUAAUUCUAGAAAGACGACGACGUGCGGUUAUAUCUAGUGAAGAGGCUGUUAAAGUAAGCGCUAAAAAAGGCGAGAAAGAUGCUGAAAAGUCCAAAAGCUGUGGCUGCGGCAAAUCCAAACGUGCCAUCGAAAACACAAACGAGUCGAAAAGUAACGAAGACAGCAAGCAAAGUGAAAAAAAGUCAGCCGGCUGUGGUUGCAGUGCAAAACCUAAAAACUCUGAACAAGCAUAAGGCAGAAACUAUAAGCGAGACGUUAAGGCCCGACAAAAUGUGUGAAAAACGAAAGAAACUAUGAGCAGGCCACCAUUUUGGGCCUGAACGAUUAGCUGCGUUUUAAAUUCAGUUGAUUCUGUAUGUCUUAAAUUCUUUAUAGUUUUUUGUAAAAUAAUAAAUUAUAUGUCUCAACUAAUUUGUUGUAUAAAAGAAAAAAAAAAACAAAAAAAAAAAAAAAUUAAACAAAAUAUAAAAAUUAAAAAUAACAACACAGAUAAGACGCA